AUGGAACCCAAAGGAGAAACGCAGUGGAGCUCUAUUAUAGUUCCUUCGGUUCAAGAGAUGGUGAAGGAGAAGAUAAUCACUACCGUUCCUCCUAGGUAUGUCCAAUCUGGAGUCAUUGAAGAUUCUGAUCUAUUAACCGAGAUCCCAAUCAUCGACAUGAAGCAGUUGUGUUCUUUUACCUCCAUGGACUCUGACUCGGAGGUUCAGAAACUCAAUUUGGCUUGCAAAGAAUUUGGAUUUUUCCAGCUUGUAAAUCAUGGAUUAGACCCAAGUUUCUUGGACAAAACAAAGUCUGAGAUUCAAGAUUUCUUCGACCUUCCCAUGGAAGAAAAGAAAAAGUUCUGGCAACAACCAAAUGAGAUGGAAGGUUUUGGACAAGCUUUUGUGGUUUCAGAAGAUCAGAAACUAGACUGGGCAGAUAUGUUCUUCUUUAUAGUGCAACCUGUUGAAUUACGCAAGCCUCACUUGUUCCCCAAGCUACAUCUUCCCUUUAGAGAUACAUUAGAGAUGUAUUCCGCUCAAGUGAAGAGUAUAGCUAAGAUCUUAAUAGCGAAAAUGGGGGAAGCCCUUCAGAUAAACCCUGAGGAAAAUGAAGAUUUAUUUGGUGAUGAUAUGCUACAGAGCAUGAGGAUGAAUUACUAUCCUCCCUGUCCGGACCCUCAUCAGGUUAUUGGUCUAACUCCUCAUUCGGAUGCGGUGGCCCUCACCAUAUUGUUGCAGGUGAAUGAAGUUGAAGGUCUCCAAAUCAAGAAAGAUGGCAAGUGGGUUUCUAUCAAACCGCUCCCAAAUGCUUUCAUUGUUAAUGUUGGAGACAUCUUAGAGAUCAUUACGAACGGAACAUACAAAAGCAUCGAGCAUCGUGCAGUGGUGAACUCGGAGAAAGAAAGGUUGUCUGUUGCCACAUUUCAUUAUCCAGGACUGAAUAAAGAAAUUUCACCCUCGAAAAGCCUCGUUGAAAAGCAACAAAAGGAUGCAAAUUUUAGAAGCCUGACAACGAAAGACUACUUGAGAGGCUUGUUCUCCAGUGAACUCUACGGAAAAACUUAUCUCGAUGCGAUGAGAAUCUAAGAGAAGUGAUAUCUUGUUUCCCCAAAGAUAUGUCUUCUCCAAACUGGUCCAUGUGUUUUGUUUUUGCUUUUCUCUUUUGUCUCUGAUUAAAUCUGUUAAAUUCAAAAUUGCACAGUGAGAUUAAUUGAAGGUUUGAUAUAAUAAGACAUAGGUCCAUUGCUU